CGCAUUCAUUUAAUAAAGGAUGACGCGAAUUUCGGUUUCGAAUCUGUUUUUUGGAUGCGUAGUAGUUUCGUACAGUUUAGGUUUGACAUGCGAUCGCGCGUCGACAUCGGACGCUAUGGCACACUCGUGCCUUCUGUGCCACCGAAGCCCCGAAGUGCCCAGGCAUAUACCUUCACAUAUAUGCAAUGGCAAGCCCUUCCGUGUGUUCCAAAGGUGAAAUUUAAGCUCGAAAUUAAAGAAGACAUUUCUAGUCAGAAACAAGCAAAAAUGCCACAGCAGCUCCCUCAUACAGACUCCGCAAGCCAAGAGGCUGUGGAGGCAAAUGCAGAUAGCCAGCACACCUCGAACAGCCACCUUGACUGCGGGUGUGUCACCCUAGUCGCCAAGGAAACAUUUGAGGGAAAGCGACAGGCAAUGUGAACAGCCACUUCUCCAUGUAAACGAUACUCUUUCUCUCGGAUGACUCCUACGUUCGCCACGCCCGCACACUUGUGCACAAAGAUGCCGCGGAAGCACGUGCAGGUCAGAGGCAAGAAGCAGUGGCACUGGUGUCGACAUUCGCCCAAUUUCUUUUUCUUACACUGAGGCAGCCAGCACACCUCGAACAGUUAGUAGGUUCCUGUUGUACAUAUGCUCAUAAU